GAUGGAGAGCAUUUAUCAAAGAGAAAAAUGGGCAUAGGGCUCAAAACCGAGGACGAGGAAGGAGGCAAAAAUAUCGUGGUACUGGUGGACAAGGCCAUGGAACCAUUUCCUCUAGUCAUGGUGUUGAAACCUCAAAGCCACCACCUGGCCCAAAGAUGCCUGAUGGAACCAGAGGAUUUACCAUUGGGCGUGGCCGGCCUUUGGCUUCAAAUCCAAGUUGA